UCCCCCUUCCCCCACACCAAACCUUCUCUGGCUCCCUGACCUCAGUGAGAUUGCAGCUGGUCUGAGGACCUGUGGGAGACAUGGAGAAAGAGACGGGGCAUCCCCUGGCUGGAGCUGACCGACAGAGUAGGCAGUCAUGGCUGGAGAAUUGGAUAUCAGAGUAAUGUUUGACCUCUGGAAACAUCCCUUACAGGACGUCCGGUCAAAAUUCACUAGGUAGGAGGGUCAUCAGCUGGAAAGAACCGGAGCCUGGGGGGACCUGGCUGGAUAGGUAUGGGGGAUCCAGGCCAGUCCCCUAGUCCCCGGUCCACCCAUGGCAGUCCCCCAACUCUAAGCACUCUCACUCUCCUGCUGCUCCUCUGUGGACAUGCUCAUUCUCAAUGCAAGAUCCUCCGCUGCAAUGCUGAGUACGUGUCGUCCACCCUGAGCCUUAGAGGUGGGGGUUCACCAGGAGCGCUUCGAGGAGGAGGAGGAGGCCGGGGUGGAGGGGUGGGCUCCAUCGGCCUCUGUCGAGCCCUCCGUUCCUACGCCGUCUGCACUCGGCGCACAGCCCGCACCUGCCGCGGGGACCUCGCCUUCCAUUCGGCUGUGCACGGCAUCGAAGACUUGAUGAUCCAGCACAACUGCUCCCGCCAAGGCCCCACUGCCCCGCCCCAGCCCCGGGGCCCAGCCCUUCCAGGCGCAGGCCCCAUCCGCUCCUCUGGCCCCCCAGCCCCGGACCCCUGUGACUAUGAAGGCCGGUUUUCCCGGCUGCACGGUCGUCCCCCGGGCUUCUUGCAUUGUGCCUCCUUCGGGGACCCCCACGUCCGCAGCUUCCACCACCAUUUUCACACGUGCCGUGUCCAAGGAGCUUGGCCCCUGCUGGAUAAUGACUUCCUUUUUGUCCAGGCCACCAGCUCCCCUGUGGCAUCGGGGGCCAACGCCACCACCACCCGGAAGCUCACCAUUAUAUUUAAGAACAUGCAGGAAUGCAUUGAUCAGAAGGUCUACCAGGCUGAGGUGGACAAUCUUCCUGCAGCCUUUGAAGAUGGUUCUAUCAAUGGAGGUGACCGACCUGGGGGCUCAAGUUUGUCUAUUCGAACUGCUAACCUUGGGAGCCAUGUGGAGAUUCGAGCUGCCUAUAUUGGCACAACUAUAAUCAUUCGGCAGACAGCUGGGCAACUCUCCUUCUCCAUCAAGGUAGCAGAGGAUGUAGCCAGGGCCUUCUCAGCUGAGCAGGACCUGCAGCUCUGUGUUGGGGGGUGCCCCCCAAGUCAACGACUCUCUCGCUCAGAGCGCAAUCGUCGGGGAGCUAUAACACUUGAUACUGCCAGACAGCUGUGCAAGGAAGGGCUGCCAGUUGAAGACGCUUACUUCCAUUCCUGUGUCUUUGAUGUUUCAAUCUCUGGUGACCCCAACUUUACUGUGGCAGCUCAGGCAGCUCUGGAGGAUGCCAGAGCCUUCCUACCAGACUUAGAAAAGCUGCAUCUCUUCCCCUCAGAUACCGGAGUUCCUCUUUCCUCAGCAACCCCCCUAGCUCCACUCCUUUCUGGGCUCUUUGUUCUAUGGCUUAGCAUUCAAUAGAUAGGCCAGCAAUCCCAUGAUUGGUUUAGAAAUUAUUUGGGGAUAGAGAUUGGUAGGGAAGAACAUAAAGAAUCACUGAAGGAAACUGGACUAGGAGACACAUGAAACAAUGACAUUUACCCAGAGUCAGAUAAGGCUGCAGUCCAGGUUUGAAAUGAUCACAGAAUAAGGAUUCGGGGCAAAGUUACUGCAUUCCAGACCUCUGUGGGGGCUCUUCACCAAUUUUCCCAGUCCUAUUUAUAGUAAUUGAAUUGUUCCAGUCCAUGUACUCCUGAGAUCACCCCUACAAGCUUAGAGGUUAUAGGGGUCCUGAUGAUCAGUAGAACUUAAGGGUUGAGACUCCUAAGAGGGGAGAACUGAAAGAGGAAGACAUGAUCAUUACCUAUAAGAGACUCAAAAUCUAAUGAUAUUUUCUCUUGGAAGAUGGAAAGAGGAGGAAAUGAUUAGGGAAAAGAGUCUAUUUGAUGAACAUAUGUGGGCAGGAUGUGUUCUGCUUUCUUGGUUCAGAAAUGAAGUGGGGGUUGUCCGGAUCUUAGGUGAAUGGAAUCUCUGCCUUUGGAGAACGGCACAGAUAGGAAGGAAGCUAUCAUCCCCACUCCUAACUACUCUGUUAUUAAAGCUAUGAAUUCUCCACAUC